AUGAAAGUUUGUUUCUCAAAAACCUCUCCUUUUCUCAAACCCACGACCGAGCACUCCCAAACCGUGGAUUUUCUCUCGACCUCCCUCGACUUUCCUCGAGCUCUGUUGACCUCCUCCGCAGCCACAUCGACGCUGACGAGUUCCGACAAGCAUACGAGGCCGCGUCCCGACAACUCCCACAAGCAAACCCACUUCUAUCUCCUCCUCCACCCUGACAUUUUCUCUCUCCUCAAACACCACCACUUCCUCCUCUUUCUCCGCCGCCGCUUCCUCGACCGCCUCCACAGGGAGGGAUACGACAUCUCAACGGAUCUACGGCUUAAGGACUGCAAAGGAGGAGACUCCUCUGAUUCGUGUUUGAUUGAGAUUGAUGAAGACGAUGGCCGCGAAAUCGUUUUGCCCGGUGGAAUUACAAUCUCGAAUGUUUCUAAAUCCAUCAAAUGCAAUAAAGGCGAGCGAACGCGGUUUAGGUCCGAUGUUCUCUCUUUCCAACAGAUGUCAGAGCAGUUCAACCGGGAAAUUUCUUUGACUAGAAAAAUUCCUUCGGGCCUCUUCAAUGCAAUGUUUGAUUUCUCAGGUUGUUGGCAAAAAGAUGCAGCCAACAAUAAGACCCUUGCUUUUGAUGGGGUGUUCAUCACGCUAUACAUUGUUGCAUUGGAAAAGUCUCAGAUGGUUCUACGUGAGGAAAAGACAGAGAAAGGAGGACAGUUACUUCCAAACAAACAAUUGCAGAAACCAGACUUUCAUUGAUGAUUUCCAACUGAAAAGAAACAUGGGCAAGUUUUAUGGUCCUGAGAUAUAGGAGCAUCCACGAUUCUCUGGGUUAUCUGCCAAGGAAAAACAAGACACCCACGAUUCUCAAUGCAUUAUUUAAAGAAUGUAGCCUCUACCCAGUUAGCAUUAUACCCCAAUAGAAAAUGUAAAGACAAAGUUAUAUAAUAAAUCUCAU